UCCGUUCGCCUUGUGUGACACUCUACGGCAGCAGCUGGCAUCUUGACGACGCAAAGGGGAGAGUUGUGAAUAAGUUCUAUGUCGCUCUAGCCGUAACUUCCGCAUGUCUAUCGUUUCUAGAGCUAUACUCUAGGCGAUUUUCUGAGUUCCUUCUCUAUGGCUCCACGCUCCCGAGCCAGGAGGGUGCCGAAGAUCCCGUUCCCUUAACCGAGAGGCCGUGGCGGCGGCGGGGGGAGGGGCGACCGAGCCGAUGGAGGCGGAGACGCUGGAGUCGAGGAUCAACAAGGCGACAAAUCCUCUGAACAAGGACCUAGAAUGGGACAGCAUCAAUGCUUUCUGUGAUCAGCUCAAUAAGGAACUAGAAGGCCCACCCCUUGCUACCCGGCUUCUAGCCCACAAGAUCCAGUCUCCACAAGAAUGGGAAGCCAUUCAGGCACUCACGGUGCUGGAAUCCUGUAUGAAAAACUGUGGCAAGCGCUUCCACAACGAGGUGGGCAAGUUCCGCUUCCUUAACGAGCUCAUCAAGGUGGUGUCACCAAAGUAUCUAGGAAGCAGGACUUCAGAGAAAGUGAAAUCUAAGAUCCUGGAGCUUAUGUAUAGCUGGAUGUUGGGGCUGCCGCAUGAAGUGAAGAUUACAGAGGCCUACAAGAUGCUGAAGAAACAAGGGAUUGUGAAGUGUGAUCCCAAAUUGCCAGACGAUGCACCCUUUCCACUGCCUGCCCCUAGGCCAAAGAAUGUUAUCUUUGAUGAUGAAGAGAAGUCCAAGAUGCUGGCUCGCCUGCUGAAAAGCUCCCACCCUGAGGACCUCCGAGCUGCCAACAAGUUAAUCAAAGAGAUGGUCCAAGAGGACCAAAAGAGAAUGGAGAAGAUCUCCAAGAGGGUGAAUGCCAUUGAGGAGGUGAACAACAACGUGAAGCUGUUGACCGAGAUGGUGACAAACUAUAGUAAGGGGGAGACCACAGAAACCAAUGAGGACCUCAUGAAGGAGCUGUACCAGCGUUGUGAGCGCAUGAGACCCAUGCUUUUCCGGCUUGCCAGUGACACGGAGGACAAUGAUGAGGCUCUAGCGGAAAUUUUGCAAGCCAACGACAACCUCACGCAGGUGAUCAACCUAUACAAGCAGGUUGUGAAAGGAGAGGAGAUAAAUGGCGAGGCUGCGGGCGGUUCCCUCCGAGGCAGCACGUCAGCACUUCUGGACCUCUCAGGUUUGGAGAUGCCCUCCUCUGCCCCCUCCUACCCAGCCGUACCAACUUUCUCAGGUGGCUCCAUAGCUCCUGUGCCAGAGCAGUCCAGCUCUGCAUCUUUGCUGGAUGAUGAACUCAUGUCCUUAGGGCUUAACGACCCAGCACCACCCUCAGCCCAGGGUCCAGAUAAUGGUGGUUGGAACAGUUUCCAGGUUGGUGGAUCUUCUCUUGGGGAAAAGGGGGAGGAGUGGAGCCUCAGUCAGACCAGAGCCAGAGAAGAAGCUUCGUUGCAGUCAUCUGACAGCCCUGACCUUGGCCCUCCCUCGCUCCCGGUGGGGAAAGCUGAUGCUGGACCAACCGCCACAGCGCCUCCCACCACCACCACCACCAGUGGCCUGGAUGACCUGGACUUGUUGGGCAAGACUCUGUUGCAACAGUCCCUUCCACCAGAGUCUCAGCAAGUCAGAUGGGAGAAGCAGCCGCCACCUCGGUUAACGUUGCGUGACCUCCAAAACAAGAGUGGCUCCAACCCGUCUGUGACCACCAACAGCACCCCACCCCUGUUCCAGAGCCUCUCCGCAACCCUGCCCCUGCCUUCAGAGCAACCAGCACCCACUGUGGUCUCUCGAGCGCCUCCUGCACCUCCUGCAGCUGGACUUCCCACAGCAGGCCUUCCUGUGUCAAAAGUGCCCCCGGAAAUCUCUCUGACAAAUGUCACUGUGCCUCUGGAGUCCAUCAAACCAAGCAAUAUCCUCCCGGUGACUGUAUACGAUCAACAUGGUUUCCGUGUCCUGUUCCACUUCGCCAAGGACUCUCUGCCAGACCGGCCUGAUGUGCUGGUGGUGGUCAUCUCCAUGCUCAGCACAGCCCCCUUGCCCAUUAAGAACAUCAUCUUUCAGUCUGCUGUCCCAAAGGUGAUGAAGGUGAAACUGCAGCCUCCCUCUGGAACGGAGCUCCCAGCUUUCAACCCCAUUGUGCCCCCCACGGCCAUCACCCAAGUCCUCCUGCUUGCAAACCCACAGAAGGAGAAAGUGAGGCUACGAUACAAGCUGACCUUCACCAUGGCAGAUCAGACCUACAACGAAAUGGGAGAUGUGGACCAGUUCCCCCCUCCAGAGUCAUGGGGAAAUCUCUAAGGCUGCGGCUGGGGUGCUGCGUCUGACUUCUAAGGAUUCUGCCCCCCGAGGACAAGGGCCUUCCCAGGGCUGGCUGGCUGGCGCUCAGACGCUGCUCUCAGACUAGAAUGCUGGCCAUCAGCCGUCUGCUGUGUGUGGAGGACGGCAGGUGGAUGAGAAGGGAGGAGGCGCCUGUUUGGGGGGGGGGGUUGAUGAAGCUGCUGGGAUGACUUGAGUGAGUUGCUCUCUGUUCUUCUACCUUGGUUUCUGAGUCUUCCCUCCCCCCUCAUCUUGCUUUCCCAGGUGUGCUUUUCCUUUCAUGGAAAGGUGCUGAUGAUUACCUGAGGCUGACUCUGAGGAACCUGGCCCCAGGGAUAGACUCUUUGGACCUCUUUCCUUUCUUGCUGAGGUUAUGUCGGACCUUUACUCUUCAGUUCUUUAACACUCCACGAGCAGCGCUGGUCUCUCUGGGUUGGUGCAGGGAGUGAUGCCUCUUGUGGUGUGUCUCUGCCCCCAGGACACCAAGUUGGAUUGGUGGGCUUGGGUGGGGCAAAAGGUCUUGCUGUUUUAUUGCAGGGGCUCCCACUGGUUCAGGGCAACAGGGCCUUGGGGCAGGUGGGUCUUUCUCGCUCACAAGGCACUUAUUCCUCCAACAAAAUGGGCAUGGGCCGAUUUCCCCCAGUGUGCAUGUUAAGCCACUAGUGAGCGGAAUCUGAGUAAGGUGGCAGGGAGGAAGAAAGCCUCGUGUGUCUAGUCUAACAUGCCUUAUACCAGAAGGACUAGUGUUAUGGCCUUACAGUGCAGUUAUAAGGCAGAGAUUGUACUUUUGUGGCUGUUGCAGCCUGCUGGGGUGACAGAGUGUGGUUGUUGCACUCCUUGAUAGCUUCCUUGACCAGGGUAGGGAAUGGACAUCCCAGGUAACUGUCGGGAAAGAAAUCGGGGGGGGGGG